AAAGUUCUUCGAAGAAAUCGUAUUAGACAGAGGUUUUUACAAGCCUUUUAGAAGAUAUCAGUGGAUAUCACCAAGAUUGAAGUGCUCGAAAGUGUGAUUGGGUUCUUACAAGCAAGCAAAUCGCUUUCGUUUGAUUUGUUGCCUACUGCACGUUAAACUUAAAGAAAAUUGAUAAGUUCGUUCAAUUUUUGAUCGAUUGAAACGUAUAAGGACGUUUGGUCAGACUCGUUCAUUUUUUAGGGCAUCUACCUUCAACCACAGAAAAAUAAACUGAAAAUACGUAAAUCAUCAAUUUAAUCAGCAGCCAUGGCCGCGAUGUCCGUGAUUGGAAUUGACUUCGGAACCGAAUGUUGCUAUGUGGCUGUAGCACGAGCCGGUGGUAUUGAGACAAUCGCAAAUGACUAUAGUCUUCGCAACACGCCAUCGUGCGUGGCGUUCAGUGGAAAAAACAGGAUUCUUGGUGUGGCAGCCAAGAAUCAAAUGGUGACCAACAUGAAGAACACGAUUUAUAAUUUUAAGCGACUGUUGGGUAGGAAGCAUAAUGAUCCCUUUGCGCAGCAAGAAUUACAAGCUCUGCCAUUCAAGACUUCUCAACAAGCGGAUGGAAAUAUUGGAAUACAUGUACAAUACUUAGGAGAAGAACAUAUAUUUUCACCGGAACAAAUUACAGCGAUGCUGUUCACAAAAUUGAAGGAGAUCUCUGAAACUGCUCUGCAGACAGUUGUUAAUGACUGUGUGAUAUCUGUUCCUUCCUAUUUCACGCAAGGUGAAAGACAAGCUCUUCUCGAUGCUGCAAAAAUCGCAGGCCUAAAUGUUUUACGACUAUUUAAUGAAACUUCUGCGACUGCUCUGUGUUACGGUAUUUAUAAACAAGAUUUACCAGCCGUGGAAGCAUCCCCGAGAAAUGUUGUCUUUGUAGACUGUGGUUACGCUAGUCUUCAAGUAUGCAUAUGUGCAUUUCAUAAAGGCAAGCUAAAGAUGUUGGCGAGUGCUGCUGAUAGUCAAUUAGGAGGAAGGGAUAUCGAUACCAUUCUUGCAGAACACUUUUGUAAAGAUUUUCAAACUCGAUACAAGAUUGAUGCUCAUAAUAACCCACGGGCGUAUUUGAGAUUACUUGCUGAGGUUGAAAAACUUAAAAAACAAAUGUCAGCGAACUCUACAAAUCUUCCGUUAAAUAUUGAAUGUUUUAUGGAAGAAAAAGACGUACAUGGUGAAAUGAAAAGGGCUGACAUGGAAGCAAUGUGCUCCAACUUAUUCAAAAGAGUUGAAUUAACUCUUAAGCAAUGCUUGGCUGAUUCUAAAUUGAAGUUGGAUGAUAUUCAUUCUGUGGAAAUUGCUGGCGGCUCGAGCAGAGUUCCAGCAAUAAAGCGUUUGAUUGAAGAGGUGUUUUCUAAAGGCACAUCAACUACUUUAAAUCAAGAUGAAGCAGUAGCUAGAGGUUGUGCAUUACAGUGCGCCAUGUUGAGUCCAGCUGUUAGAGUUCGAGAUUUCUCCGUGAUCGACAUUCAACCGUACCCUAUAAAACUGACUUGGGAUGGUUCGCAGGGUGAAGAAGGACAAAUGGAAGUAUUUGGACACAACCAUCCGAUACCAUUCUCGAAGAUGCUUACCUUUUACCGCGCAGGACCUUUUUCUCUAACUGCUAGUUACGUUCAGCAACCAAAAUGUUAUCAUCAAACUGAAAUUGGUGUAUUUUACAUAAAAAACGUGAAACCCACAUUAGAAGGUGAAUCAUCCAAAGUCAAAGUUAAAGUGAGAGUGAACCUCAACGGUAUUCUUACCAUAGCUUCAGCUUCCCUUGUUGAAAAACGAGAACCUACACAACAAGAAAAGGAGGAACAGGAUGAACAGGAUAAACAGCAGAACCAGGAAAAUAAUGUAAAUUCCGAUCAGUCUCAAGAAAAACUAGAUAAAUCGGAUCAAGAAGCUCAAGGGAAUGAAUCUCCAGCAGUAGAGUGUGAUGAAAAGGAAGAUGCAAAGGGAAAGAAAAAAGUUUCAGUACGUACACUUGAGCUGCCUGUUGAAGUUCACAGCAAUGGAUUUUCCCAACGAGAUCUCGAUGCAGCAGUUGAGAAAGAGGGAAAAAUGAUCGCUGAUGACAGGCAAGAAAAAGAACGUGUUGAUGUUCGAAAUGCAUUAGAAGAAUAUGUUUACGACUUACGAUCGAAACUUUUGGAUGACGAUCAAUUAGCUACAUUUGUCACUGAAUCGGACAAGAAUGAGCUUUGUCGGCUUUUGGAUGACACCGAAAAUUGGCUGUACGAAGAGGGAGAAGAUUGUCAACGGCAAAUCUACUCUGAUAGAUUGGCACGGUUGAAAUUACAAGGUGAACCAAUAAAAGAUAGAAGAACAGAAUUCGAAGGCAGAACCCAGGCUCUUGAGGAAUUGGGAGGAUCCCUUCAACUAGCGAAGAAGGGUUUAGAUCAGAUUAGAACCUCUGUAGCAAAAGACGAUAAGUACUGUCACAUAACAGAAGAAGAGCUAAAAAAGAUGGAACGAAUCAUACAAGAGAAGUUGACUUGGCUUGAAGAGAAGCGGGUAAUUCUCUCUAGUACUCCUCGUACUCAACAACCUCCUGUUCUUGUUGCACAAAUACGAGCUGAGAAACAGUCUCUGGAUAAUGCUAUCUUUCCCAUUUUGAACAAACCGAAGCCUAAGGCCGACCCGCCAAAGGAAGAAAAGUCAAAGGAGAAAUCAAGCGAGAAUCAUAAAAGUAAUCAAAACAUCCAGGGCGACGAUGGAGUUCUCAACAAUCAACGACAGGCUAGUGAAGAGAAAAUGGACGUGGAAUAAUUUACAAUACAAAAUUUUGCCUGAAACAAUGUUAAUUUAAAAAAAUCACUGUGUCUUUUAUUUUUGUCACAAGAUUGUGACUUUUGCUUCUCAAAGCACUUUAUUGAAAUAAUUAAAAUUGCGUAGUAGAUCGAGCAUUUUCUGUAUGAGUGAGUGUGCGAAAAGUCGAGAUGGUUUGUUAGAUAAUUUUAAUAUCUGAUUCAUCUGUACCGUUUACUUAAGUCGUGUUUAUUGCGGUUUUGUGUAAGAAAGAUUGCUGGGUCAUGACUUCUUCGAUUAUGGUACCAAUUCCUUUUUUAUUUUCAAGUACACUUAGUGAAAUCACUACAGUAAAUAAAAGAAUGUCUUAACAUCCUUUACAAUUGUAAA